CAUGGAUUGCGAAGAAGAGUAUCGAGUGUACAAAAAUCUGUGAGCUGGCGUCGCUUUUGUUUUUACACAAAGUGAAACUUGCCAAUGAAGAGGCCAUUUUGACGAACAACUGGAAAUUUUUCGAUGAAGGUGAUGGUAUCCACAUAAUUGAAGGAUGCUUCUUUGCUGUGUUGCGCAAAUAUAAAGAAGAGAACGACAUGGUGCCUGAAUUUCGAGACAUAGUCGAGGCAUUGGACGGAGACAAUCGGUUCGCAUGGCCCAAUAAUGAUUAUUUUGGGAAUCUUAUGAGAUAUUUAUUCCAACAACAUGCACGAAAUGCCAUAACCAACCUCACCACACACGAUGACAAACGACUUCGUGAGUACCUGAGAUUGUUGGUGUGGGAACACAACGUCGACAAUCUGGAUCCAAACGACGUAUUUGAUGAACAUGAUGUCAACAAUGCAGUGAAGUGGGCCAUUGAAAGAUACGAUUCAACCAGAGGUGAUGCGAUUAGAUUGGACAAACGGAAUCGGUUGCUCACUUGUGUGCGAAAUAUUGGCGGACCAAAAGACGACAACAUCGCAAAAGAUACAAAAGAGAAUUGGUUCGCGACGUUGCCAAUGUGGCUUCACAUGCAAAAAAAGAUCGAUGAUUAUCACAAUUGGGUACAAAACAACCUCGAAAAUAUUCCGGCUGACAUUGAGCUUCCCAUAAUCAAAAAUCUUUCAGUAUUACCAAUUUGCACACAUUUACGAAAGAAUAUUAAAAUUGAUGCCGAUAUAUUGUAUCGAAUGAUGUGUGAAACCAAAAUCAUCCCGUUAGAUGAGUAUGGACGCCAAGUUGAUGGUACACAUGUCUGUGAAAACAAGGUUCAUUAUUUCAAUGAGAUUUUCGACAUGAACAAAAUCAAUGGAAUAUUGAACGCGAACAAAGAAUUUCAUUAUCAUGUUGUAACCGAUGGUGUGUCAGCAUCGAUUUUAUACGACGUAUCGCGAAAUACAUUGGAACAGUUGGUGAGCGAUGAACUCAUAAAAAAGCGUUACGAAGAUGGCGUUUACAUCUACGAAUUGGGAAUCGAUCCGGGCAUGAAAACGUGGAACGCGACCGUUAGACGGCAUAUCGACUCCGGCAAAGAGAUGAAUUUCAAGACCAGCAGUAAGAAAUAUCAUUACCUGACGAAGCAAGGAGUACGAAACCGAAAAGCGAAGCGGUGGACACGUGGGUUUGUCGCCUUUGAACAAAACGAUCGAAAUGACAGAACCCGUUAUCCGCAAAUGCCGAGUCCAAAAGGAGAAAAUUGGAGAGACUAUAUAAGUCAUCGCUUGAGGAUUAUGAAGAAAGCCAUUGACGUGUAUACGAGCGAAAGAUACACCCGUCUACGAUUUGAUAAAUAUAUCGAAUCGAAUCGAGUAUGUGACAAGAUUGCUGCCAUGCUGACAAAUGGUAAGCCUUGCAUAAUUUUCUUGGGAGCGGCGAAUAUCUCACCCAACUCGCCGAUAAAGAUUAAAAAGAACAUUCGCUGCCCUGGUAACCGGAAGCUGAUUAAAAGUUUUAAGAAAAUGCUGGGCAACGUGGUGAAAAUGGUGAAUGAGUUCCGAACGUCUCGACUGUGUGCACGCUGCUUCGAGCCAUUUCCUUUGGAAACAUUGGGUCAUCGUUUCAAAGUGUGCGAAUGGUGUGUGCCAGAUAACAACGACUGGCCAGAAGGAUUGAAACUACCCGAAAAAAUCGUGACGAUGAAGAGCAAACGAAUGCUGCUAUCGGAACGACAAGAAUUGCGCGAUGCAAUGGUUGCGAAUCCAAAUCAAGCUGUUGGUUUUGUGUCAAAGGUCAUUUGUUACCGAAAAAACUGGCGACAAAACGCGGCAUACGAUGCGGUUAACAACGUUGCUCAGCUACCAGGCAUUAUUCGCGACGAAAAUGUCAUCGAUUUUACAGAGGAUUACAUGCUUCUUGAUGAUGACUUCUAUGUCGCCGAAGAGGAAGCCAUCCUGAACACUAUUUGGCACCGGGACAUUGCAGCUGCAAAGCUGAUAAUGUACAAAGGCCAUUGUGGACUUUUCGGAUUUGAGCUGCAUCGUAACUUCACCGUUGAACGCCUCGUCUAUCCAAGAUGGAUUCGAAUCCACUAACGAGAUAGAAUUAAGAUCGAUGAAUUUAAAAUUUGAAACUAAUUAAUGUAAUAGGAUAUUAUAUGUAGCUGGGUCGAUUUAGUGACCCAGGUUCUAUCGAUAGAAUUUAGAGGAAAGAAUAUGUAUAGGUUGUUCUCUAUCUAUUCUAUUUGAUGUUCAUAGAAUAGGUAUUGAAUUCCUAUGCCAAUAUUUUAGUCCUUCGAUAAUAGUUCAUGGAUAGAUAGAGUACAUUCGGGAAGAGUUUUCAUGUAAGUAUUUAUUCACCGCAUGGCAAUUGGCAUUGACUUGACCAUAGUUUUUUGUUUGCUUCGGGAAGUCGUAAUGCCAAUCUCUAUGUUUUGUGAUUGCUAUCAAUUGGCAUGAAAUUUGACCCUCUUUAAAUUGAGAACUACCAUUUUUUCAUUUGCAGAUAUGAAAAACACCCUAAUUGUACCCGACUUACUUUCAAACAACCACCACCAGUAUCAUGACAAUCUAACUCGUCAGUAUGGAUUUCAUUACUCUGGUAAUUUCAUAAUACCUUGACUGAAUAAAUUGAA